AUGAGUACGCACACCUAUAAUUUACCAGCUUAUACAGUUAAGCAUGAGCUGAUUGGGCAUCCUGGCUCGAAUGAAGAUAACGAAAAAGAAACAAGAAAUUUCAAACCGAGGGUACCGAAAAUUUUUAAACAACCAUCUCGUUUAAUUGCUAAAAAACAAAGUUCACGAUCUUUCAGUACAGUAGCUUACUAUGAUUUUACCGAUUUUAUAACGAUUGUUGGUGACACAAUUAUUGUAUUUUCACCCCGCACAGCUCCAACACCUUCUGCUCGUCCUGUAAUUAAGAUUACAGGUGAUGCGAAUUUAAGACCUGGUGAUGGAAGUGUUGCAUCGAUUCAACCUACGAGUAUUAUACGAAAUGGGAAAACAGCCGAUCCUCUUUUGGAUGCUGUUAAUAGCCGUAAACAAUCAGAAUCAAGUGUUUUAACUCCUAGUACGAUUGAAGAACCUGAAGAAUUAUCAUCAUCUAAAUCCCCGGGAAAAAAUAACAUUUUUUCCGGGUCUACACUUCUGCUUUUACUUCCUGAAACAGAAAGUCUCAAGCCAAUUGGGUUACUCAAAAUUGUUGACUCAACAACAUCAUUAGAUGGUACGAUAACUUAUUAUAAGAAUCUUAUUUAUGGUACUUAUGUUUGUACUAAUUAUGCUCAGAUGAUUCAUCCAUCUUCAAAUGCAUAUUUUUUCCCUGAUAAAGCAACUAUCACUUAUGAUACGACAGUUAAGCCUGAGGAAGAAACUGAAGAACCUUUAACAGCAAUGGGGAUUGAUACAACAACAACAACAACAACUUUACCAACUAAAGAUAAAACACUUUCUUCUGAAAAUAAUGAACUUACCACGCCUUUGGAAGAAACAACGGAGGACUCAUCGACAUUGACUAUUACUCAUACUAAUCAAACAAAACGAGAUUUUCCUAAUGAUAUUGUUAAUGAUCCUCAAGGCCGUAGUGUCACAGGAGGAUCAGCUAAAAACAAUAUCGAUAAUGAUGGUAAAAAACUUGAAUUUGCUACAAGAUUACUACCUUCUAAUGCUUAUAAAACAUUUACAUAUUUCAUAACUUUCUUUAUUCCUGAUGAAACAAAUAAAGAUUUAACUACGACAUCUGUUCAAUCACGAGAAGUUAAUUCUUCUAAAGUAUCUUAUCUUACAGAAUCAAUUCUACUAAGUGCUACUAAUGAUGUUUCGUCAAUGUACACGGCAUCAACAACAAUGCCUUCCGUAGAUACAACAUUUAUAUCAGUUUCCACGACGACAACUCUUUCAACGCCUUCAGAAGCAAGUCCUAAAGCCGAAGAUGAAGAUUCAACAACAAAACCAGAAGAAAUAGAACUUAUUUUCAAAACUCUUUAUACGACUUAUUUGACGACAUCCUUCCAAGAAAGAACAUCAAGUGUUUCUAGUCGUGAAGUUCUUGAAAAUAAUGUCAUAACUCAGACUAUUAGACGUGAUGGAAUAUUUGGUGAUGUUGCUGGAUUAUUUAAUGAUAUAACAAUUACUUCAACAAAAAUUCAAGAUACUGUUCAAUCUUCAACUAUUUUAGUGCCUGAAGAAGAUUCGGUAACUUAUGAAGCUUCUACUACUCUAGAAGACUCAACAACUGAAGCUGGUUUAACGACAUUGCAGGAUCUAGAAGAUUAUAAGAGUACCAUUGAAAACAGUUUCAAUAAAUUCUCUAUACUUGAACUAAGUCCUACACCUAGUGUCGUUACUGAUUUACUGAAAUUUGAAGCAAAAAAUUAUUUCACAUCUUACACUUAUUUUACAAAUAUGUUUGUUGAUGAUGAAACAAAAAAAGAAACAAGAAAUGAGGUCUUUAGUAAUAUUAUAACGGAAAAAAUUGAGCCAACAAUAGUGGUUUCACUACCCCAAGUCCAGCCACAUAACAGAAAUUUUAUCGCUAAUCAAUAA